AUGAGGAUCCCUGUGCUGCUCUUAGCCAUUUCUCUUCUGCUCUCCCAAGAUCUUCCAGCAGACAUGAAGCAGCCAUUUCGCCCUCCCUUUGCCAGCCUUCUCCUUGUGGCCCUGCUGUUUCCAGGAUCGUCCGGAACCCAGUAUGUUAACCACUCAGGCACUGAGGGUCCCAGAGAAUUCGAGAAAGGAUCUCCUGGUCACUCGGCACACCGCCGAGUAAAACGCUACAUCUUACCACCGCGAACCCCUCCUUACCAGGAACCUGAACCAGAUUUCCAAGUUGUCAACUGCAGGAGAAGCGAAGGCUACUGCCAAGAAUACUGUAACUACAUGGAAACGCAAGUUGGCUACUGCUCUAAAAAGAAAGACGCCUGCUGUUUACACAGGAGCUGA